UCGACUCGGCGGGCGGAAGAGGCGGCGGCGGCAGAAGCAGCGGCGGCGGGAGCCGAGGAGGAGGCUCCAGACGCUGCCUAGGAACCGGGGACCGGGAGUGCCCGCGCCCUGAGCUCUCAGCUCCGGAGGCGGUUGUGUGUCUGGCCCCCAGGCUGUCUGAGCGAUUAGUGUUAAUUGCUCUUCCCUUUGUGGUUAAACACUCCGAUGGGGAAACUGCCAGCAUGCUCUAGGCUGCCAGCUUCCCUGGUUGUCUACUUCCUCACCUGUGUGACACCUGUGCUCAGCAGCUGUGCGUGCAAUGUCAUGCAUGCAGAGGGUCACAGAAUCCCACACGGCCUCAUACACAGAUCUUCAUGGUCAAUGUCAAGAUGGCCAUCUUCAUCAGCCAUCAUGGCAGAGUACGGGACUCUCCUCCAGGACCUGACCAACAACAUCACCCUUGAAGAUCUGGAACAGCUCAAGUCAGCCUGCAAGGAGGACAUCCCCAGUGAGAAGAGUGAGGAGAUCACUACGGGCAGUGCCUGGUUUAGCUUCCUGGAGAGCCACAACAAGCUGGACAAAGACAACCUCUCCUACAUUGAGCACAUCUUUGAGAUUUCCCGCCGUCCUGACCUACUCACUAUGGUGGUUGACUACAGAACCCGUGUGCUGAAAAUCUCUGAGGAGGAUGAGCUGGACACUAAGCUAACCCGUAUCCCCAGUGCCAAGAAGUACAAAGACAUUAUCCGGCAGCCCUCUGAGGAAGAGAUCAUCAAAUUGGCUCCCCCACCGAAGAAGGCCUGAGCAAGGAGGAAGAGGAGGAAGGUUGGACCUUCACCAGACCACUCCCUUCCCCAUCCUAUAUGGGAGGGGCAAGGGCAACCCCCUGCCCUGUACCCACUUACUAACCUGGUCCUAACCCCCUUACUAUGCGCGUGUGUGUGCGUGUGCGCACGCUCUGGCUGUCUGUCUAUAUGUCUAGCUCAUCUAGUUCCUCCUCAUGAGGGGAUGGGAGUCAGGGGACUGGGAGGGGGGCUUAACGUCCCCACUCUAGGAGGGAGGUGGAGGCUAUUUCUAUGCAGAUAGAAAUUGGCACAUUCCUCUUCCUUCCCUUUCCUCCACACCCUCUCCGCCCAUCUUUAAAGUAUGGAAGCAGAAAGGACAUGCAUUUUUCUAUACUGAGGAGCUAAGGUGAAGAUGAAAUAUGGGAAAGAUGGUUAGAUCUAAGGAAAAGCAGUGGGGAAGGAGGGUAGAGGCUAUUAACCCCAACCUGGAAGGGGCAGAGAAAAGCCAGAUUACAGUGUUUAUACAUUCAUGCUGGACUGGCUAGAAUCCAGUUCCUUGCUAUUCCUCAGGCUGUAGUCUUGAGUGCCAAUGGGUCCCUUUUUAUGCCCUUCUCCUAGGCCUAGGAUGGGUAUGAGCCAGGGGUCUAAAGAGAAAACCACCGGAUCCUUUUCUGGCCCCAAAGAUCAAACUCCACAGAGAAGCCAGCAAUUGAUGCCCCUACUUCUGUCCUGGAAAGACUAAGCUGGGAACAUGCACUACUGAGCCUGAAAUGGGGAUGCAGGCAGAGAUGGGCCCUCUUUCCACUCCUUUUUUUCCUACAUGUAGACUGUUGCAUAUACUGACCCUGAGCCUAGAGAGGUUGGGGAAUGAGAUCCUUAGAUUUUUAACCUCAACCUGCUUACAACCUACAGGGUCCCAACAUGGAUAUUGUAGGUAACCUUCCCUCUCUCCAGUUUAUAAUCCCCCAAGCAAGAAAGAAGUUAAUUACUGUGUUUUUCUUUAUACUGAUUACCACCCUAAUUCAAUCCAGGAAGGGACUUGGUGAUCUUUCUCACUUGGGCUCGUGGAUGCCUCCUAGCCAAGUCACUAGAGUACUAUGAGUGAACCCAGCCUCUUACCUGUCCCAAGAUGCCCUUUCCCACCUUGACCGUGCUAACUGUGUGUACAUAUAUAUUCUACAUAUAUGUAUAUUAAACCCGCACUGCCAUGUCUGCCCUCUUUUGUGGUGUCUAGCAUUAACUUAUUGUCUAGGCCAGAGUGGGAGUAGGAGGGGAAUGCCACAGUAAAGGGAGUGGCAGAGUCAAAUUGCUACAUAGUCCAAACAGAAAACAUUUUUUGAAAACAACAACAAACAAAUUUACAUGCAAGCUCAGAGACUACUUUUAGAGAAAGUUGAAGGUAGGAGCUUUCAGGAUGUGGGGGCAGAGCUUCAGAGGGAGGGAAGGACUGGUUGUAGGAAGAGGGAAGAAGCCAGACUGGUUAGAGAGGACUCAACUCCUAGCCCAGCCUAGUCUGCCCACCCCCUCUGGCCACUGCUGCAGACACCUGCCUUAACACACACACCUUGAAGACUCCACGGUUUUGCCUUAAAGGACCUUCCUAAGUCUCCCUAGUCCUGUCUGGCUUCUCCUGUAAGAAAAGUAAAAUAUUUGUGAAAUUGGAAGGAAGGAAAUGAACAUAAAUUGACUGUCCUUUCAUCUGGGAUGUUAUAUGAGAGCAAGAGCAAGAAGGAGCCUUCCUUUGUGGAAGAAGUGGGAGAAGAGAGACAGGGUAAUUUUCAGCAGUUUCUCUGUAAGCCCCCCCCCCCCAAAAAAAAUCUUAAAAGACUAACCUGCCCUCCCAACCCUCUGUGCUGCUGUGAGGUUGCCCCUAUCCUAUAUUCCUUUGUCUGCAGCGUGCACGGCCUUGUUCUAACCCCGGAAUAAAGGUGACUGAUUGUACUGUA